CCAAUUUUUAACUUUGACCUUAUUUGAUUGCGCAGAUACAAUGGCAUGCCAAUAGGCUGUAGCGACGAUGAAUUUCCCUGGGGUAAAAACACAUCAUCACCACUAGAAAAUAAGCACCUGUAUGUAUGCCAUGCUGAAAUGAAUGCAAUACUUAAUAAAAACUCUGCUGAUGUCAGAAACUGCACCAUCUACGUUGGCCUCUUCCCUUGCAAUGAAUGUGCCAAAAUAAUUAUUCAGAGUGGCAUUACAGAAGUGGUAUAUCUGUCAGACGAGAAAGCCAAAAAACCUAUUUAUCAGGCGUCAAAGAGAAUGUUUGAUGCAACGGGAGUCAAAUAUUGGCAGUACAAACCGAAACGCGACAAAAUAGUAAUAGACUUCUCAAACAUAGAUUGGGAAAAAAUGAGUCCUUGCAAGUAACAAUCACAAUUAGUCAAUGCAUAAAAUUAGGUGAUUGUCUGCACUGGCGUGAUAUAACUUAACUUUGGAAGCUUUGAGCAUUUAGGUAGUUUCUAAAUCUUUCUAUCUAAAUCAUUUUUUUUUUUGCUAAUCAUGAUUA